CUAUAACUCAUGUAAAAGGCAUGAAAAGAAACCAAAUCAAACCUCUUAAGAAAAUGGCGGCCGCUGUUGUUUGACAAAAUGAAGCUGGUUGAUAAUACCAUUCGAAGCUUUCGAGUGGCAAAAGUCUUUCGAGAAAACAGUGAUCGAGUCAAUCACAUAGACUUCUCUCCGAAUGGAGAGACUCUUAUUUCCAGCAGCGACGAUGAUUCGAUUGUGAUUUACGAUUGCGUCGAGGGAAAGUAAGCAUUUUCGUAGUUCGGUCACAGUGCAAUGUUGUUUAAGAAAUGUUUCUGUUUAUAAACGGUGUGUCUUAUCAAGGGAGACACAGUUGGAGAAAACUAAUGUUUUUAAAAAAGUUAUUACGUUUUUACAGGCCGAAACGAACUCUGUACAGCAAGAAAUAUGGCGUAGCGCAAAUCCAGUACACACAUGCAACUAACACCGUGAUUCACACUUCCACAAAGAUUGAUGGUAAGCUAAAAGCUUGUUUUUUAAAUCAUUUAAGCUUCAUUCAGAUGCAGAAUUUCCCCUUGCAGUAUGUAUCCCGUAGGCCCGGUUCAGAAGUCGAACUUUUCAUGAGCCGAACCUAAUACAUUGAUUUAAGUACAUGAAAAGUUCGGCGUCUCAAUCAAUUAGGAUCGCCUGUUUCAAUUUGGAACGGCUCAGCCGUUUCUCCCACCCCAUCCCGGCCGAGAAUUUCGAAUUUGGAUCGACUUUAGAACGGCUAUGACACAGAUGCCAAACUUUUCAUGUACCAAACCAAAUGCAUUACAGUCAAACCAGGUGAAGCGUUCCCGUCGCUAACAAACUAAUGAAUUCAUUAAUGGAAAAAUGAUUUCGUUUGUUGAUUCAAUAAUCCAUUCAUAAAAUGAAUAAUCCAACGGUCAAAUUGUACCUCGAUUCAAUAAUCAAAUGCUGAUUUGGUUUAUGAACAAAAUCUACCUGUUCUUUAUUCUUGUCUGUUGUGUUCAAUAAGGCUAAUUUGCAAUCAAUAUUUUUAUUAAAGUAAGUUUACGCUUUAUAUUUUUUCUAUAACCCUUUAAUCAAAAUAAAAGCUAGAAUAGACAGACCAAUAAUCUGGUCGUUGAAACUGACAAAGGCCGAGGAUUGAGGUCAAAUGACAGCAAGAAAAAGCACACAGGCAUGAUUUUUCCUCAGUUUCUUCUAGUCAGUCGUGUUUGGGAACAAGGUCAGGCCAAAGGUCUGUUGCAACUGAUUAUUGACAGGUCUUUUGGCGUACAGUCUUUUAACAGUUUGUUUAUUUUGAACUUCAGAAAAGAUGCCUUCAGUUUCUAAUCGCUCUAAAGAAUGAAGGAAAAACAAAAUUCAUGAGGUCAACUUUUUAAAAGUGUAAUUUUUCAAAAACAGUGAUGUUGAAUCAACAUCGGAUUAUGGAAUUAAGGCUAAAUUGACUUUUGGAUUGUUCAUUUUUAACAUUUGAAUGGAUUAUUGAAAAACAAUGGUCUCCUGAAAUCGUUUUUUUUGAAUGAAUGAAAACUCCCUUUUCCUUCCCUUUCAAAUUGCCACGCAGGCUACAUCCCGCCGGAAUUUGGUUUGACUUUAGAAAUUGACACAGAUGCCAAACUUUUUCCAAACCAAAUGUUUAAUUAAAAUGAAUAUUUUUCAGUUUUUGAAUUUUUUCCGUUUUUUGAAUUUAGUUCGGCUGGAAUUAAGAUCGGCGUGUGAAUCAAUUCAGCUGGUCUAAAUAAUUUGGGUUGGCCUAAAUUCGAAUUAGAUUAGGCUCGUGAAAAGUUUGGGGUCUUAACUGGGCCUUACAUGUAUGCCCAGUUCAAACACCCAUCUUUUCAUGUACCAAACCUAAUCCCAUCAAGUAAGUACAUGAAGAGAUCAAUGUUUGAACAUAUCUAAUUUGGGUUGACCCAUGAAUUAAGAUCAAGUGCAGUGCUGUCAACUCUCCCGGAUAAUCUAGGAGACGCCAGAUUUUGAACCAUAUCUCCUGGUCUCCAGAUUAGAGUAUGAAAUCUCCUGGAUAAUCACUGAAGUUUGGCAUUUCUUUUGUAGACUCGACUUUCCGACAAUAAAAUUUCAAAUACCCUGUUCACAGGCAAAAUUUCAAAUAUUUUGUACUCUUUGAGCUAUUUUAAUGUUAACAUUGAAUGUUUCCCUAACAAAAUCCUGCAUGCCAUUGUAAUAAAUCACAUAAUAAUCAUUAUGUGAUUCAUGAAAAGUAAACCAAUCAGCUCAAAUGUAACAAUGGCAACAACUUCUUUUUUGCGUGUCUUGUGUCAUGGCAAAUUUGUGGCGAUCUGAGUCAACAAGUAUUUUUUGCGCAAAUGAACUCAUGUACCAUGUUUUAAGACAUCAUCUAUCAUCCCUUCCAUGUCAAUUCUCAAUAUUUGAAGACACGGGAUUGACAGCCCUGCGAGUGGCCCACAUGGGAAUUCGACUGUAGAGCAGGUGGCAGUGCUGGGGAGAUAGUAUCACUUAUUGCCCCAUGGUAGUGGGGCAAUAAGUGAGGCUUUGUGUUAUUUGUGCACAUAAUGCUAUAAAAUGUCGCUAAUUACCUGUGAUAGGGUUGUGCCCCCCAUUAUUAUGCAAUCCUGUAGUUUGUUUAUUUUGGCUGUGUGUCCUAUUUAGUUGCGUGACUUUUCAAGGAAGGCGUUUUUUAAAAGCAGAUGGUGACAUUAAUUUGAGAUAGCGGAUUUAUGUGUAGUGGGUUUAAACUUUUGUUUACCCUUGGUGGUAUUUACAGUUACUGUAAAUACCACCAAGGGCACACAAAAGUUUAACUGCCUCACAUUUGCUUGUCUGUUUCUUUUAAUAUAACAGAUACCAUUCGAUAUCUUUCACUCCAUGACAACAAAUAUUUGAGAUAUUUUACAGGUCACACCAAAAGGUGAGUCCAUCCAAGCAAUAUUGACCCUUUAAAUUUUAAGAUUGACCAACAUCAAUUUUCUUCUAACAAUAUGAACACAUAAUCAAAAGGAUGGGAUAUGAGAAUUACUAAAAUGAUCACCUAGAGGAAAAUGCUUUGAUUUUUUAACAAAUUCUCUCAUUUUCAUAUCAAAAGUUUCUCACUAACCCAUGUUUCAAAAUAGAGGCUAGGAGCAACCCAGAAAAUAUAUGGCUUGUUGUAGGUAUUUCUGGUAGAUAUUGCAUUCUCUUUGUAAUACAUCACCUCUUUAAACUCAGAGUAUUUUUUUAGUGCAUCUUUCAAAGCAAUUACAAACAGAAAAGCCAGUUGAUGACCGUUUGAAGUUACACCCGCAAGAAUAUUAAAUGAAAGUUACACAACUUUUUACUUUCAUCUUAAUCCUUCGCCAAUUCUUUAUUUUUAGGGUUAUGACGCUUCAUAUGUCACCGAUGGAUGAUACGUUUGUGUCAGGUUCACUAGACCGAACUCUAAGAUUAUGGGACUUACGAUCACCCAAUUGUCAGGUAUACUGACACUCCAAAGGGAGUAUUCACUAAUAUUACUUCUGUGAACACUCAUGUGUAAGCUGUAUUCAUGGAGAAGCAGUAGCCCCAACUUUCAACUUUGGUUUUGAAGACAAAAAAAAAACUACAAAAGGCACCGUAGUUUCAAUGCUACAUGUAAAUACCUAAGCUUCAUUCUCGUAAGUUAAGCUGUUGCUGCCUACAUGUAUUUGCUGCAAGUUUUAAUACAUUAGUGAACUCUCAAAUUACCUCUUUAUAGCUACUGUUACUACUCUUUUCACAAACAUGUGAACUCUAAAGUUCAAAAGCCGCCUUCACAAUUGCGUUUUUCGCUGCAGUCAAUCAUAAUUACAAGCAACAAACCUUGAAACACAGAAACACACAAAACGGAUUGAAAUCCACCAAUCACAAAUCACAAACCUUGACCUUUUGAACCCGUCAAAGUAAAGUUUUGUUUCCUAAGAGGUCCGUUAAGAUGAUUGACGGCAGCGAAAAAUGCAAUCGUCAGUUGGCCUUUGAACUUCAGAAUUCGCAUGUUUGUGAAAAGCGCAGUAAAGAACUUUUUCUGUGUCUUUUCUUCUAUAUAGGGACUAAUGCAUGUUAAUGGUAGACCUGUGGCAGCUUUUGAUCCUGAAGGCCUCAUAUUUGCUGCUGGUGUGGACUCUGAAAUGGUGAAGCUUUAUGACUUGAGGUCUUUUGACAAGGUAGAAUAUUUAAUUUCAAGAAGUCAAGAUUAACCGUUUCAAUCAAAGAAGAGGCCAAAGUCAAAAUUCCACAAGAAUUUUCCAAAGUUCAUUUUGUGAAAUUAGGGACUGAUCAUUAUUUAUGUAGAGGGGGGAGGGAAAAAUAUGUUGGAAAGGUCAAAACUUCUGUAAGGGCCCCCCCCUGCAGACCAUGUAAAUACAAUGUAGCAAGUGACCCCCCUUCUUUAUUCAAUAUUUACGUGAUUACCCCUCGACCUUAUAUCUCCUGUUAUAUGCUCUAUAAAGUAAUAAUAAUCAUUAUUAGAAUGCAUGCAGUAACAUACAUGUACUAUUAACUCAUAAAAGUGUUGUUUUGUUAAAUAGAAGGAAAGUAAUAGAUUUUUACAAAUCGUGGCCUUCACUGUGAACACAAAUGUAAUAACCAUGCAAUUUCUUUGCCUACAGUUCUAAAAGGACUACUUUCUUGUUGUUUUAUCAUGUUUUUCUCAGGAUAAUGAAGUGACAAGCAUUUUGUUUAAAGAAAAUUCAGCCAAACCAAAUAUUAAAGCAGAUACCGUAAAAUUCCGAAAAUAAGACCCGAGGCUUAUAUUUUUCAAAGGCCCUUUUUGAGGGGCUUAUAUUUGGAGGGGCUUAUUUACAGAAGGAAAUUUGCGUUUCUAAAUUGAUUGGGCUGGCCUUAUAGUUGGAAGUAAAUUUACCGUUUUUGCUUUGUUUUACUUUGUAUUUGAGGGUAAUUUUCCAAGUACAAGCCCCCCAGGGGGCUUACAUUUGGAGGGGCAAUUUAGUAGAGAAUUUUUUGCGUUACCCGUUUGAGGGGCUUAUAUUUGGAGGGGCUUAUACAUGGAAGGGCUUAUUUUCGGAAUUUUACGGUACAUUGUAGGUCUGGAUUCGUUAUUCACUAAAAUUUGAAAUAACAAUGAAGUUUAGGGUGCAAACAGAAUUUCUGUCUAAUACAAAUGACUAAGUUGUACAAAAUAGUGGUGCUUAAACAAAAAGCAAUAGGAUUAGCAUAAAAUUGUAUAAUUUAGCAUUAUUGUUUCACAUGUAUUAUUUGUACUCUACAAUAUAACUGCUUUACCCAUCUUGGCCAAUGGACCCCUCUUGAAAUAUACCUGGCAAUCAAACUGCUGACCCCUCCUAAACUUCUUUAUAAAACAAUUACUUGAAGCUUAGUUACAUGCAAGAUGCAUAUAUUUAUUGUAGAGAAAUUUCCCCUAUUACUUUUACACACAAGCUGCGUGUACUUUUUUAAACGGCAGAUCUAAAAGAAAGGAUAAGAUACUUAAUCAUCUAAUUUCCGCACCCUAAAUAGAGAAAAAUAAAUUUGCAUCACUAAUGUGGUGGUGUUCUAUUUCUUUUCCGUAGACAUGUAAUGUCAGUACGUACAAAUAAUACAGUUGACUCUCUCUAAAUGGACACCUCUAUAAGACGGACACCUCUGUAAAAUGGACACCAAGAAUUGGUCCCUGCCUUUCUUUGCUCCCUCUAUUUGACUUUCUAUAAGACGGACAUCUCUCUAUGACAGACAACUAGUGCCGGUCCCAAAGGUGUCCGUCUUAGAGAGAGUCAACUGUAUCUCUCAUGCCUAAGCGUUUUCUUUUUUUUUUUUCACCUAUUUUCACAGGGUCCAUUUUCAACUUUCCACAUUCAAAAUGACCCUAACAUUGAGUGGACAGGUGUGAAAUUUAGUUCAGAUGGUAAAAUGAUCUUGCUGUCUGCAAGUGGAGGUGUCAUUCAUCUGAUUGAUGCAUUUCAAGGCACACAGCUGCAUACAUUUACCGUAAGUAAGGUGAAAAAGGCCAUCAUUGGUUUUUUAGCAUUUAUUAGUAUAAUAAUAUUUUUUGUUAAUAAUAUUUGAAAUAAAUCAUAUAUGAACUGCGGAAAUGAAAUGAAAAUGAAGAAAUGAUUGUCGCAGUGAACACAAUUUAUGCCACUGCGUAAAGAAGCCUGAUAUCAGACAUCUGUCAUCAGACAUCUGAAAUCAGACGUCCGAUAACAGAAACCUGACAUCAGACGUCUGAUAUCAGACACCUGAAAUCAGACGUCUGACAACAGACGUCUGACAUCAAAUGUCUGAAAUCAGACACCUGACAUAAGAUGUCUGAUAACAGACACCUGAUAUCAGACACCUGUCAUCAGUCGUCUGACAUCAGACGUCUAAUAACGGACACCUGACACCAGAUGUCUGAUAUCAGAUGUCUGAUAACAAAAACCUGACAUCAGACAUCUGACAUCAGACGUCUGAUAUCAGGCACCUGUCAUCACACAUCUGAUAACAGACACCUGCCAUCAGAUGUCUGAUAUGAGACAUCUGAUAACAGACACCUGACAUCAGAUUUCUGAUAUCAGACGUCUGAUAACAGACACCUGUCAUCAGAUGUCUGAUAAAAGACACCUGACAUCAGAUGUCUGAUAACAGACACCUGUCAUAAGACAUCUGCUAACAGACAACUGUCAUGAGAUGUCUGAUCACAGACACCUGACAUCAGAUGUCUGAUGUCAGGCAUCUGUUAUCAAUGUCUGAUGACAGGUGUCCGUUAUCAGACGUCUGAUGUCAGGUGUCUGUUAUCAGAUGUCCGAUGACAGGUGUCUGUUAUCAGACGUCUGAUGUCAGGUGUCUGUUAUCGGACGUCCGAUGACAAGUGUCUUUUAUCAGACGUCUGAUGACAGGUGUCCGUUAUCAGGUGUCUGUUAUCAGACAUCUGAUAUCAGGUGUCUGUUAUCAGAUGUCUUAUGAGAAGUGUCUGUUAUCAGACGUCUGAUUUCAGGUGUCUGUUAUGAGACGUCUGAUAUCAGACGUCUGAUUUCGAGUGUCUGUUAUCAAACAUCUGAUGACAAGCGUCUGUUAUCAGACGUCUGAUGUCAGGUGUAUGUUAUGAGACGUCUGAUGUCAGGUUCUGUUAUCACAGGUCUGAUGACAGGUGUCUGUUAUCAGAUGUCUGAUAUCAGGUGUCUUUUAUCAGACGUCUGAUGACAGGUGUCUGAUAUCAGACGUCUUAUGACAGGUGUCUGGUAUCAGAUGUCUGAUAUCAGACUUCUGAUGUCAGGUUCUGUUGUCAGACAUCUGAUGUCAAACAUCAGAUGUCAGGUGUCUGUUAUCAGACGUCUGAUGGCAGGUGUCUGUUAUCAGAUGUCUGAUGACAGGUGUCUGUUAUCAGACGUCUGAUGUCGGACGUCUGAUAACAGACACCUGUCAUCAGACGUCUGAUAACAGACACCUGAAAUCGGACGUCUGAUAACAGACACCUGACAUCAGACGUCGGAUAUCAGACGUCUGAUAUCAUACACUGUCAUCAGACGUCUGAUAACAGACACCUGUCAUCAGACGUCUGAUAACAGACCCUUGUCAUCAGAUGUUUGAUAGCAGACACCUGACAUCAGAUGUCGGAUAUCACAUGUCUGAUAACAGACACCUGGCUUCAGACGUCUGAUAACAGACACCUGGCUUCAGACGUCUGAUAACAGACACCUGACAUCAGAUUUCUGAAAACGGUCACCUGACAUCAGAUGUCUAACAUCAGACGUCUGAUAAAAGACACCUGACGUCUGAAAUCAGACGUCUGAUAUCAAACACCUGACAUCAGUUGUCUGAUAUAAGACAGCUGACAUCUGACGUGUGGCAUCAGACAUCUGAUAUCAGACAUCUGAAAUCAGACACUGACAUCAGAUGUUUGAUAUCAGACACCUGAUAUCAGACGUCUGAUAACAAACACCUGAAAUUAGAUGUCUGAAAGCAGACGUCGAAAAUCAGACACCUGACAUCAGACGUCUAAUAUCAGACACCUGAUAUCACACGUCUGAUAUCAGACACCUGAAAUCAGACGUCCGAAAACAGACAUCUGAAAUCAGACACGCAACAGGAGACAUCAGAUACCAGACGCCUAAUAUCAGACAUCUGACAUCAGACGUCUCACAACAGAUGUCUGAAAUCAGACAUCUGACAACAGACAUCUGAAAUCAGACGUCUGAAAUUAGACGUCUGAUAUGAUAUCAGACACUUGAUGUCAGACAUCUGACAUCAGAGGUCUGAAAUCAGCAUCAUUUUAAUAUUUAGGCCGUAUUUUAAUAUAUAUUUUUAAUUGUAAAUAAUAGCCUUUUAUUUAACAUCUAUUCCAUAAUCUUUUUAUACCUAGACAUUGUAAAUAGUUUUCUGGUGUUUUUAUUAGUAUAGAUAUUACAUAUUUGUAAGUUUGUGUUUUGAGGGCAACAAGUUUAUCUCAGACGUCUGACAUCUGACAUCUGAAAUCAGACGUCUGACAACCUACAUCUGAUUCAAACAUUUAAAAUUUGGCAUCUGAAAUUAGACGUCUGACAUCAGACAUCUAAAACCAGACGUCUGACAACAGACACUGGACAUCAGACAUCUGAUAACAGAACCUGACAUCAGACGUCUGAUAUCAAACACCUGAAAUCAGACACCUGACAUCAGACGUCGGAUAUCGCACACCUAAAAUCAGACGUCUAACAACACACAUCUGAAAUCAGACAUUUGAAAUAAGGCGUCUGAUAUCAGAGACCUGACAUCAGACGUCUGACAACGGACGGCUGACAUCAGACUUCUGAAAUCAGACACCUGACAUCAGACUUCUGAUAUCAGACACCUAAGGUCAGACAUCUGACAAACAGACAAUUGACCUGCUCCCAACGUCAGUGGCUUCAUAGCUCAGUUGGUAGAGCAUCGCACUGGUAUCGCGAGGUCACAGGUUCAAACCCCAUUGAAGUCCUUUUCAGGCUUCUUUACGCAAUUGCAUAAAUUGCAUUCACUGCGACGAUCAUUUCUUUAUUUUCAUUUCAUUUCCGCAGUUCAUAUAUGAUUUAUUUUAUAUAUCAUUAACACUCAUUUCUUUCACGGGAAGAUAUGAACCCAGAAUUGACCUGCUCCCUUUGCCAGUGGCUUCAUAGCUCAGUUGGUAGAGCAUCACACCGGUAUCGCGAGGUCACAGGUUCAAACCUCGUUGAAGUCCUGAAUUUUUUUCAGGCUUCUUUACGCAUUUGCAUAAAUUGCGUUCACUGCGACAAUCAUUUCUUCAUUUUCAUAAUAUUUUUUAGGGUGUGUUCCUUUGCAAUGAUCCUGAUGAAGAUCAGUGAUCAGAGAUCGCUUGGGUCAUAACAAGUCAAAUGAACCGAUGAAUCCUUCUCCAGGGUAAGAUCGUUGGUUCCCUUGAUGUGCUACAAACCAAGUGAUCUUGGAUUACUGAUCCUGAUACGGAUCAUCCUAAUGGAACGUUAUCCUUGUGUUUCUUUAGUGUAGAUCUGAAGAAAAUUAUACCUGUUAAAAAAUGAGGCAUGCUGUUUUUCUCACCAAUUUUGAUGAAUAAAUGUACAAGUUUGAAGACGGAACCCUUAGGAGCUCAUAUGAAUGAGCAGUAGAAACCUCUAAUGUGUACAGUCACCUUUCUAUAUUAUAGGGACACUCUGUUUCAAGAACAUCUCCAGUUGAAGUGUGUUUCUCUCCUGAUGCGCAAUAUGUCUUAUCAGGUACAUGUACUUUGUAGAUAAUUGGCAGUAACGGUUUUUUAUGAUAUUUUUAGUCUAGAUUAUAUAUUGAGAACUAAAAAGAUCUAAAAAAAAGUGAGAAAACAUGUAACUGGAUCUUAAGCUUGCACUAGAUUUUUUUUUUUAGGGUAGGGGGGGGGGGGUGAGUCUAGCUUUCAUAUUUCUUCCACCUAGAUAAAAAGAAACCCUACAUUCUAGGCUACUGGGUUCUUUAGUUAACCCUUUAACUCCUAGUAAUGAGGCAAACAAGUUAUAAUUUAUGUAAAAUUCUCAAAUACUCCAGGUUUUGUACACAAUGUAAAAUCCAACAGAAUAAAACAUAAAUGUCCCAUUGCCAUGGUAGCAAAAUUUCCAGAUGACAACAAACCAAACACAUCACUUAUAAAAAUGAGUUUGCACUGUUUCAACUUCGUUAAUCUUAUUCAAGUUCAUUUCAUUUGUUAAAAUGUUUGCGAAAGUUUCUGGGUUUGAAUCCGACAGGACCGUAUCUAAGUUAGAAAAAGAAAAAGAAAAUUUUUGAGUUGUAUACUCCAAAAAGUGGGCUCGUGAAAUUAGGAAUUUCCUGUCGCAGUCUUGCAAUGAUGGCUAAGAAAUGUACAAAAAAGCCUGAUGCACAUAAAAAAGUUGUUGUUUUGCUAAUAAUAUAAUUCUAUUACUUUUUUGCCAUUCUUGUUGCCGUCACCGUCGUCGUUGCUUAAGUUCUCCUUUGUUGUGAGCCAGAAAUUUUGCUUCCAUGGUAACAUGACGUCACACUUCUCGGCCUCUCUGUUGUGUCUAUUAACAGGGUCUCAAGAUGGGCGUGUUCAUGUGUGGGGCUCAGAUAGUGGUCAAAAACUCACUGUAUUAGAAGGUAACCACCCAGGCCCUAUUCAGUGUGUUGGAUUUAACCCUAAGUUCAUGAUGCUGGCAUCUGCUUGCACUAACAUGGUAAGUCCACCUUGGAGGAAUGUGGCAGAGUAUCAUGCUUUCUCCUUGGUUUUAGAAGCCUUCCUGUACAUACAAAUACUGUAGUUACUGUUGAUAUUUCAAGGAGAAAUUGAUCCACGAGUGUUUCAUUUACAGUAGACCUUUCUUAUAGUCUUGUGCUUCAACAAAUGUACCACUUCUAAGGCUAUCUUUCUAGCAGAGGUGUCUUUCUGGCGUGGUUUUUAGCAUUUCCGAAACUGUUUGCAUCACUGGCAUUUUGCGUAUAUGUUGGCUUGGCUCAGGGAUGUAAACAAGUCAACCUAUGCAAAUAUCAGUGCAUGAACGAUUUUGUAAAAGCUUAAACCACACCAAAAAGAAAGUUGUGCUAAUAGAAGGUAACUGCGAGCUGUCGCUGACAAAAUACAAAGUUCUGGUCCAAAUGAAAUUAUCAAGCCUUAACCUUUAACCUUUGUGAGUGAUCACUGAAGCGGAAUUUGGGAAAGGUCUUUGAGGGCUUAUUUUUGUACAAGUAAUAUUAUGGGCUGAUGUUAUGUUAAGGUACAGGCAAUGUACAAGUCAUGUAUAGGGAAAUUAUUUUUUGUAACCGACUUCAAACUAAAAUUUCAAGAAUAGAAUAGUAUAGAAAACUUUAUGAAUGUGUUGGAGCUGUAGAGCUUGGGGACAACCCCAUACUAAUUUGGGGACACAAUUUAUAAUUUUUAUUAAAUAAUUGGAAUUACCUAUAAAAUAUAAAAAUAAAAAAUAUUUAAACUACCCAUAAUAUAUUAUACUCUAAUGAGAAUCUAAAAUAACUGAGAGAGAAUUGUAAAAUUAAAUGCCAGCCAGCACCAGCAACAAGGGUUUUUUUUCUGCUAACAUAAUUUGGUACAAGAGCAACAUUUAUGUGUACAUUCAUUAAAAAAAUCCAACAAUAUCAUUCCAGUAUCUUGUAACCACACACAUUUUAAUUCAUACUUGUACAUGUAGCUUCAGGAAGACCCUACUGGAAUUUAAACCUUCCUUAUAUUUUGACCCCCUACAGUUGAUGAUUGCAAUAAACUUUUAUAAAACUGAAAUUAAUUUUCACCCUAAUUUUAACUGUCAGUACUGUUUAAAAUUUUAUAUUAAUUGUUUUGCCAACUUUAUUUAUUAUUAUUAUUUGUACAUCUUGUCAAAAAGGCAUUCUGGUUACCCAACUCGGAAGAGCUGGAUGAGGCAAGUAAAAGAUCACUACCAAGCUAACAAGAACCUGGCAUAUAUAUUGAUUGCUACAUCAACUGGAAAAAAAGUGAAGAAGUUGGCAUCUUGCAGCUGAAACGUUUCCCUCAACUACAUGUAUCCUAGGCACACCUAUGUCCUAACACCUUUAAUAGGUUUUUUUUUUGAAGUUUCUUUCAAGGUCAGAAGAAGCAGAUAACUUAAAAAUAUUGAAGGAGUGGAAAAAGCUGCAUGGUUUCUGAUGAGUAGCUAGAUUCUCCUUUGACUCCAAGAGUCACUUAGGGCCUUAUUCCACGAACCCCUUCUAUUUAAAAAUAUUUCUUUUUCGAGCUUUAAGAAAGAACCACUGGUGCUCGCUCUAAUGUCCUUGAUGGUGAAACAGUGCUCAGACAUUUUAUAUUGCAUUGAAAGAAAGAAAAAACUGUCCGUGUGAUUUGUACAUAUUUCUUGUUAUUGUUGUCUUGUUAUUUUUUAAACUAUUAAAACUGUUUAAUUUUCAAAUAAGAAAAAUACUGCUUUUACUGAAUGUGACAAGAAAACUUCAUUUCCAGGGUCUCUUUUCUGUACGUCCCCUAUACUGUAGUGAGUGGAAUGAAGAAAAAUGCUGGGAACAAGGUUGAUUGUUUAAACAAUUAUUCAAAGGGCACAGACUGUAAAUAAUUGUAUACAGCUCCUGCAAACUAAGUGGUAUCAUUACAAUUUUUUGGCGUGCAAUUCUAAAAUGAAUUUUAGUUCCAUUACAUGCAUCAGACAUCCAUGAAGAGUUACUUCAAAUGUUACCGUCAACUCUCUUACAACCCUUUAAUUCCCAGAAGUUACCUAUCAAGACCAAAGGUUGUGAGAAUUAAAAAUGAUCACUUAAGGGUUAGCCGAUUUUCAAAU